AUGACCAUAAUUACUUGCAUCGGUAGAACCUUUCGUUCACGUUCAAAUCAAAGUGCAAAUUCAACCCUUCGUGUUGGAAUCACCCGUUCAGCAAGUAUAAAUUCAACUCGUCGUCCUAGAACCUUUCGUUCGGGUUCAAAUUCAAGCGUAAAUUCAACUCUUCGUACAAGAACCACUCGUACCGGUUCAACUACUCGUUUUACCUUUCCUCAUCUUCGUCCUCGUACCUUACAACGACCAUGCACCAGAUAUCAACCGGUUAGAUAUCCCGUCUUAUUGCGUUUAAGAAUUACAUCAAACCAUCAAACUCAACAAACGGUUACCCGUUUUGAAUCAAACUUUUAUGCAGUUUACUCAAAUGUCAAUCGUGAUAAAGUUUUUAUAUAUCGCCUUGGCAUUUGA